AUGGAAAACAAUAUUCUGUCAAUUAAAGUCACAGCAUCGGUUUCGAAUCUAGCAAUGAAUGAAGAGUCUAAGAACAUAGUCAAAAUCUAUCAAGGAAAAGUGAUCAAAGAGUCAAUGGAAGACGAAAGUGGAAUUGUAACACUUUUAAAUUCUUCUGAAAACCCACUUGUACCAAAUUCUCAUAUCUACUUGUUUCCACGUAGCUUCACGUCAAGUCAUCUCUCUGAACUCUUACGUUAUGAACAAGUUUCUUUUCCUUCGAUCACUGAGGAGGAAGAUGUUCCUUGUUGUGAGUAUAUAGGUAAACAAAUAGCUCGUCAAAUCAGUCACUCGUUUGCUAAUGAUGUUUCUCUUAGAGAACCUGUUUUCGUUACCGUCGGUCUGAAAUUCAUCUGGGAGAGUCGUGUGAUUUUCUCGCCUGUUGGUUCUGUUCCGAGAGGUGCUUCCGCUGAAGUAUUGCAGAGGUUGUCGGAAGAACAGAGUGUGGAUUCUACGUGUUCGAUUUGUUUUGAGAAUUUUUCGGGAAUCAUCAUCCGGAUGCCUGAAUGUCAGCAUAUGUUUCAUAAAGAUUGUCUUUUCAAGUGGCUUGUUCGUCAAAACUCGUGUCCCUUGUGUCGCUGA